GAUGUGGCUAUAGAAUUCAACGUGAGAGCAACGCCGAACUUUGUGCUGGUGAAAAGAUAUAAAGAAAAGUUAGCAAACUCAGGGCACAUAACGAAUGAAGAACUUCAGUGGAUCAAGUGGAAUGUACAAGAUCAAGUUGAAUACCCAAAUCACACCAGCCACAUAUUCCCUACUUCAUUGAUGUAAAAGGAAAAGAAAACAUCUCUCUCUUGCGUACCGUCUGAGUAACAGCGAAAGCUGCCAUGAGGAGUAUCCCGGGACGCUCAGCGUAAGAUCAGUUUUAUAGUAGACAUGGAUCAGACUUGUAUUGACAAGGUUCUAGUGAAAAGACAGACCAUCGUUGAGGAUUGCUAUGAUCAAGAUCAUGAAUGGUGGGAAGUCGAAUUCCCAAAUGAUGGCAAGCAGUGAGAAACUGAGCUGCAUAAUGGGAAUCAAGGGCGAAGAAAGAUUUGUUGAGAGUCAGAGAACUAUGUAUGAUAAAUGAAAUAUGGACAGGUGAUGGGUACGUCUGCAGGAGAAUAAAGGAGAGAUUAGUUCCAAUGGUGGCCAAUUCCUGAAAAGUGAAAUGGGCAGAACAGUUUCAUCAUUCAUGUGGCUGCUACAAGUUAAAGUUGAGAUUCUUACAACUCUAUAUAAGCUUAAAAAACUGUCCUUUUUACCUCCUGAAGCAACUAACGUCGUGAUUCCUCGAGUCCAUGAGAUGAGCAGAAUUUCCAAAAAAACGUGUGAUCACCAGUGGCAAUGACUACCACCUGAACGUUUGGUUUCAGAAACAGACGGCAAGUGGAUCGAUGGAGCAUGCGCCAUAGCUCAAGCUCUAAAGGCGAAUGAAGAUGUCUCACACAUGCUAGAGAGAUCAUUUGUAUCUUGGAGAUGACUGAAAAAGAUGUAGAGAUUUACUUUUAGUGAGAAUGAGUUAUCAUUUUUUUUUCCAGAUGAGAGAGGAUCAUAGAUACUUUGUUGUAGAAAAUUACAGUGAAGCCAUAUUAUUUGCCUAUUCAUCAUUAAAUGCC